CCGCGCGGAGGGUGAGAGGCUUGGGGCGAAAUAAAGAAAUCAAUGGGGGUUUUCCGUGACCCUCCUGCGCGGGGGAAAGGGGCGUUUCCCGGAACAUUUAUAAAGAGGAGCAGCGCGUCUAGUCGGGUAAAAAGAGCUCAGGCGCCGGGCUUUGUGGGGCUCUAGCAGCAAAAGCAACCAGGAUUUCAAUUGGUUCAGUUUCCAUUUCCACUUGGCUACAUUCCGAUCGCCUCCCGAGCAGACGCCUUUCCCUGAGUUUUGAGUUUCGUCUCGAUCACCAUGCAGCGGUCUUUCGUCUUUUUCCUCGUUGCUUUGGGCUCCUGGGCUUUUGAAAAAGGAUUCGCAGAGGAAAACGUUGUGAGAAUUUGGCCAGAAAAUCCUGUUGUGCAAUUUGGAGGUUCCCUUGAGAUAAACUGCAGCACCAAUAUUGAAGCAGAUGCGAUUGGCCUUGAAACCCCCUUCAGAAGGGAAAUCAUUGGAACUGGAUCCAAUUGGAAAGUCUUCCGUCUCACCAACAUCAGUGACUUUCAGAACACUAUCUCAUUAUGCUAUGCUGAGAAGGAUCACGAGACAAAAUCUGCAAAAGCAACCAUUACUGUUUACAAAUCUCCAGAGAAGAUUGAGCUGGAUCCAGUACCAGAAAUGGAAGUGGGCAAGCAGUAUAAUUUGACAUGCCGGGUUUCUGGUGUAGCCCCCAUCCGGGACCUCACCGUGACCUUGCUGAAAGGGGAAGAGCAACUUCUGGUAAAGACCUAUAAGGAUCGUACUGACCGUAAGGCUGUUCCUGUUGUGGUGAACCAUCACAUGAUAGCUCAGAAAGAUGACUACAACAAGACAAUCACCUGCCAAACAUCCCUGGAUCUGAGACCAACAGGACCACUCUUGAAAAAUACUUCCCACAGCAUAUCAUUAUGGACUUUUGAUUUUGCAAAGGCUCCCUUGCUCCACACUGGCCUGUUCUUAGAAGCUGGGACCCUGAUGAAAGUGACGUGUGAUGCGCCUGAGGCUUCCCCAGCCAAUGAGGCCGUGUUUGAUCUGCGGUUUGCAGGGAAGUCCCUGACCUUCAACACCACUGUGAUGGGAGGCUUGGCAAGUGCCCAGGCUGUGAUAGCCUCUUCCUCAGUUGGAGAUCAUGAGUUGAUUUGCACGGUUUCUCUGGGGCCAGUGACCAAAAACGUGACAAAGACAGUGAAUGUGUUUGCUUUACCAAAUCCCAUCUUGCAAAUUGGCAGUUCAGAAGCUGGUCAAAAAGUGAACAUUACAUGUGGUGCGGAGGGCAGUGCUUCUCCUGGUUUUACAAUGCAGAUCACGGACACUGCCAAAAUAUUAGCAUCUGGCAACGUAAAUUUCCUGCAGCAUGAAAUGAUUGCCCAGCAAGAGGAUGACGAGAGGGAAUUCAUCUGCCAAGUAACCCUGACCGUUGACGGGCAGGUCAAGAAAAGAAGCGUGUCUCAAAUACUUACCGUCUUCUACCGGCCCCAAAUGGAUGAUUCCAGCUGCCCCCAGACAUGGACUUGGAAGGAGGGAAGUACGGCAACACUUACCUGCUCAGCCUUGGGAAACCCCACACCGACUGUUCAGUGCUGGAAAGAUGGGAGACUUUAUAACAUCGGGGAACCACAGCUGAUCCAGAUAGAGCAUGGUGGCAUAUAUCAGUGCAAUGCUACUAACCAGUAUGGAUGGGAUGUUAGAGAUGUGACCGUACACGUUGAGUGUAAGUUCACUCCUUGACCUAAAGAACGAGAAUGACCACAGUCUUAGGUCCUGUAACUACCGGCCAAAUCUGCAUUUGAACGGUAGACUUAAGCUAGUGAAACAAACUGAUAAAAAUUCUGGCCAUCACAGCCCUUCCAUCUAUAGCCCAGUCAAGAAAAAUUUGGAAUAGUUCUGGAGCUUAGCAAAGAUUCAUUGUGACAAGACUAUUUAAGAAGGGUUUAGAACAGGGGUGUCAAACUGAAGGCC